AUGAUGAAUUCUUGUCUCCCCUUGGCCGGAAAGCUUCUGCUGAAGAACCUCCAAAAUGGGUUCUCCAAUAAGAAUAUUGUGCUAUCUCCACUGUUGUUGAGUGCCAUGGCAGCAAUGGUGGGUGCUGGAUGUUCAGGACGCUCUCAACGGCGUGUACUGAGCUUUGUUGGAUCAAACAAUUUGGACGAAUUUAAAUCAAGAAUUUCAGAUGCCAUGUCUAGUAUUGCAGCAUCCUGUUGUUCUGGUGAUCAACAAGGUGGUCCAAAAAUCUCGUUUGCCAACGGAGUUUGGGUGGAUAAACGUUUUCCUCUCAAGCCCUCUUUCCAGCAAUGUGUUAGGGAUGCCUUCAAAGCAGAAGCUAAGAACGUCGAUUUCUCCAACCAGGCUGAUGAAGCGGUGGAGGAAAUUAACUCAUGGGUAGAGUCCCAAACCAACGGCCUCAUCAGUGGAGUUCUUGAUUCUCAAAAACAUAUUGAUCCUCUUACUGCACUAGUACUAGGAAAUGCACUUUAUUUCAAAGGAUAUUGGAAGAACAAAUUUAAUCCUAAAAGGACUGAGGAGAGGGACUUUUACCUGCUUGAUGGAAACAAGAUUUCAGUCCCCUUCAUGACUAGUUCAUGUUCAUAUCUAUAUGGCUCGUUCGACAACUUCAAAGCUCUAGAGAUCCCAUAUCAAAGUGGCAAACAAGACGAGAAGCAUUUCUCCAUGCAAUUCCUCCUCCCAAAUGCGAAAGAUGGCUUGCAAAAUCUACUCGAGCAGUUCAAUGCAGAUUCAUAUGGGUUAAUAAACCGGCAUAAUUUCCAGCUAACCCGUACAGAAUUCAAGGAUUUCUGGAUACCCAAAUUCAAGUUCUCGUACAACCUUGGCAACAUAAAGUUUCCAUUCAUGGAAGAACCCAUGGAGCUGACAGAGAUGGUCCAUCUUGAAAGUGGAGAACACCCUGUGAUCUCAAACAUAGUCCAAAAGGCUGUCAUUGAAGUGGAUGAGCAAGGCACAGAGGCUGCAGCUUUCACACGCUUCGACAUAUUUGGGGCUCCUCCUACCCUUGAAGAGAAACUUGAGAGUUUUGUGGCGGACCAUCCUUUCAUGUUCAUUAUCAAACAACAAAAGACUGGAUUGAUUUUCUUUGCUGGAGCAGUACUAAACCCCCACCUAGAUUGA